AUGGGCGUCCAAGGACUCUGGCAGCUCCUGCAGCCCGUCGCACGCCCCAUCAAGAUCGAGACGCUCGAGGGAAAGCGUCUGGCGAUCGACUCGUCGCUAUGGCUCUACCACUUCCAAAUGGCCAUGCGCGACAAGGAGGGCCGCACGCUCUCCAACGCCCACAUCCUCGGCUUCCUCUGGCGCAUCCUCAAACUCCUCUUCCACGGAGUGCGCCCUGUCUUUGUCUUUGACGGCGGGGCUCCCGUCAUGAAGCGCAAGACGCUCUCGGGUCGAAAGGCCAGGAAGCAGGGCGCCAAGGAGUCGCAUGCACGCACCGCAGAGAAGCUCCUCAACGCACAAAUGAGGCAGGCCGCCAUCAAGCACGUCGCCGAAGCAGGCGGCGCUCCGCCUCGCGCAUCAUCCUCCACCGACAACAACGCGGACUCUGGCGCUGGCAGUUCAGGUCUCGGCGAAAAUACCGUCUACUACGAUGACCUUCAGGCGGGUAGGCCGACGGCACUCCCUUCUCGUGACCUCCAUUCGGGCGCCUCGCCCAGCUCAGCGCCUCAGAGCCGCGAGAACAGCUCCUCCCCCUCCAAGCCGGGCGCUCGCAAGGUCGACUGGCACAAGGACCCCUAUGCGCUGCCCGCCAUGGAAAAGGACCUCAACCAAGUCGCCGCCGCCAACGGCCGAAAAGGCAAGCGCAAGGACUACCGCUUUGCCACCGAAGCCGAGCUCCGAGCCGUCAUGAACACCAUCGCCCCCGAAGACCUCGACACCACCUCGGAACUCUUCCGCAGCUUGCCUCCCGAGCUGCAGUAUGAGCUGGUGGGCGACUUGCGCGCCCAGUCCCGAAUGACGUCGUACAAGCGUCUGCAGUCGAUGCUCGCCACCGCCCCCACGCCCAUCGACUUUUCGCGCGCCCAGAUCGCCGGCCUCAAGACGCGCAACGACCUCACCCAAAAGGUGCUCACCGUCACCGACGAGAUCGGCAAUGCCAACAUCAAGGUGCCCAUCCGCGUCGCCGGUGAGCGCAACAAGGAGUACGUGCUCGUGCGCAAUCCGGGCGCAGAGGGAGGAUUUGUGCUCGGCGUACGCGACGCCGGCACGUCCCAGGAUAAGGCCAUCGACGUCGACUACGAGCCCCAAGAGAUCAACAUUACCGACGACGAACACGGCCACUCGGACUCGGAGCCUGAGAUCGAGAUGGACGACGUCGAGAUUCCCGCCAGUGCAUCGCCGUCCAGGAUCGCUUCCGCCGCGGCUGAUCCCGAGAUGGCCGAGCUCCAGAAGGAAGCCGAUCCGCACGUGCGCAAGGAAAAGGCGCUCGAGCUUCUGCAGGCUCGAGCGCGCCAGCAUGCCAAGCAGAAGCGCAGAGAAGCAGGGCUUCUCGAUGACGAUGAUGGCCUGGAGCGCGAUCUGCCUCGGCGUCGCAAGCGCGGCGAACGUCCGCUGUUCAUUCGCAAUCCACGAGCAGCCAGCGGCUCGAGCCAAUCACCGCAGAACGAGUGGAUCGAUGUCGAUGCCGACUCGGACGCGGACGAUGACUUUUCGAUCAUCGAGGCGGGUGUCGAUGAGCUCGAAGAGGAUGAGGCCGAAGACCUCGCGCGCGCGAUUGCAGAAUCUAGUGCUGCUCAGUCUGGCUCCGAGCAGCACCGGGCGGGGCUGAAGCUCGUGCAUCGUAGCGGAGAGCCAGUCUCGCUGCACGACGCUAUGCUGCAUCGAGACGAUUCGAGUCAAGCUAGGCGAGAAGUAGCGCCUCGAGCGACCGCACCACUCGAAGUUGAGAAUCAAGCUGCUCUGGACGUCGACGAGUUGAACGACGAUGAUUUCGAGGAUGUUCAGCCGGAGCCGCUAUCAGCUCUACAAGAGGUUGAGCCCGGAUUUGCCGCUCAGCCUACCGCCGUCAGCAGUCGAACUGAUGCUAACCAUUCGGGUCGCAUGCAGGAGCUAGCUGCGCUCGCGAAUCGGCAUUGCCAGAAGUCGGUCGAUGCAACACAGGCGCCACCACCUCCGCGCAAGAGUUUGGCAGGCAGCCUGCGCGCCGCACGUCGUACCGCAUCGUCCUCUGCACAGCCUAGUAUCGUCGUGGCCGAUGACGAGCCCCAAGCACAAGUGCCGGCUCCUGAAAAGAGUUCAGAACCCCCUUUGCGGUCGGCGCGCAUGGGUCCGCCCCUUCGGUCCGCCUCGCAACAGCGCCUCGAGCUGGCCCACCUCGCACCCGGAUCGUCCGAGCCGGUCGAGAUGCGCGGCGAUGACCUUUCAACGACUCCGGAAGACGUGAAUCGCCAGAUCGCCAGCGAAGCGGGCUCGGACGCGCAAAGGGUCGGCGAGCAACCUCAAUCUCGCCAAAGCGUCGACGACCCGCCUGCACCAGAAUUGGUGGAGCAGACCACCCUCGCACCCUCGACGUCCGAGGCAGUCGAGAUGGGGCACGACGACCUCCCGCCGACACCGGAAGAGGUGAAUCGGCAGAUCGCCAUCGAAUCUCGCUCGGACGAGGCAGAAGAGCAGGCACAGACGAGGGAUGAGUUGCAGCCUCGCGAGAGUGCGCUUGAUGCUCCGCCCGCAUCCGAGGUGGUCGAGCUGGAGCCAGAACAGCCGUCGGUAGAUCAUGGGCUGCCCACGACGAACGAUGUGGAGUCGGACACGGCCGCUGGGGAUGCAGCUGGCCUGGAGGACGUGGAAGAGACGGGCGUUCCAGUCUCUCUGUCGGUUCCAGAACAGGCGAGUGCUGUAGCGCAAGGAGUACCUCACCCAGACGCAGGUGGUGCGGUCGACGACGUGGUGAUGGACAACAUGCCUGCCGCCGCUGCGGAACAAGCCUCGUCCGCCUUGCAGGACAAUGACCCAGUCAACCUGGACGAACGGCAGACGACGCCGGUCGAGUGGUCGCCCACGCCGUCUCCCGAGCGCGAGGAGGUGGUGAUUGGCGCCGACGGAUUCCCGCUACCCACGGCGGCGGAGCUGGAUGCCCUGUCUGCAUCGGACGACGACAUUGCGCGGCUGAGUGCGGACCAGUCCGAGUUCGUCGCUUUUCUCAGCGCCACCAAGGGGCGCAGUCUGCUGGACGUGCAGCAGCAAGUCGAAAGCGAAGUCAACGCUCUGCGGGCCGAGUUUGCCAACAGCCGCCGGUCCGAGGAGGACAUCACCAAGCAGAUGGCGCAAGAGAUCCAGAUGAUGCUGCGCCUGUUUGGGCUGCCGUACAUCACGGCGCCCAUGGAAGCCGAAGCCCAAUGCGCCGAGCUCGUCUCGCGUCGCCUUGUCGACGGGAUCAUCACAGACGAUAGCGACGUCUUCCUAUUUGGUGGCACACGGAUCUACAAGAACAUGUUCAACAACAACCGGAUUGUCGAGUGCUUUUUGCUCUCGGACAUGCAGCGCGAGCUGGGGCUGGAUCGCGAGAAGCUGGUGCGGCUGGCGUACUAUCUGGGAAGCGACUAUACGGAGGGUUUGGCGGGCGUGGGUCCCGUGGUGGCGAUGGAGUUGCUUGCGUUGUUUCCAGGCGAGGAUGGACUGCUCAAGUUCCGCGAGUGGUGGAUGCGCGUGCAGACGGGACAGGACACACACGAGCAUACGCGCGGUAAGACGAUGCGACGCAUCAAAAAGAACCUGCGCAACAAGGUUCAUCUCGAACCAUCCUGGCCUGAACCUGCCGUGCUUGAUGCGUAUUACGCGCCCACGGUGGACGAGAGCGAAGAGCCUUUUGCAUGGGGGUUGCCGGAUCUUGAUAGUCUGCGCACGUUCCUGGGCGAGUAUCUGCACUGGCCUGUGUCCAAGACCGACCAGUACGUGCUGCCGAUCAUCGAGCGCCAGAACGCGCGCACGCGCGCGCGGGGAAACCAGACCACACUCGACCGCGGCGGAUUCUUUGACACCUCGGCAGGUACCGGCGUGUACGCGGGUCGAAGAAAGAUCACCUACGGCAGCAAUCGGUUGCAGGAGGUCAUCAACGGCUUUCGUGCCGCCAACGGUCGGAAACCCGCGCCCGCCCGCAACCCACGCCGGCGGGGUAGUGCGGAUACAAGCAGCGGUAGUGAUGAUGAUGUGCAGGUGGUGGGUGCGCGCUUGGCGACACCCGCAGUGGCCGAGGAGAUGCUCGGCAAGGAGAUGGCCAAGAAGCGACCCAUUGUUCGGCGCGACGAGGGCGGUGCGGAGACGAACGAAGAGCAGACGAGUGCGGCGCGCACAGCCGAGCUCGAUGCAGCCAUCGAGGCGCUUGAGGGCCGCGCCGCGGCGGUAGGUGGGGGCAGUGGAGCCAAGCCGGCGAGCGCGGGGCGGGGGAAACGUAAGAAGCGCGCCGCACGCGAGGAAGAAGCGCUGUCGUCGUCGGCAUCGAGCAGCGAGGAAGAGGCGCGCUUGGAGCGUGUGGGUAAGGCUGCGCGCGGGAGGGGACGCGGUCGCGGUCGGGCACGCGCUCGUGGUAGAGGGUCAGGAAGGGGGCGAAGCACGCUGCAUGCUGCACGCAACAUGUCGCUGGACGACAUCGACACGCUCCCGCCCAGUAGGAGUCCGAGUGUGGAUGCUUCGACCUUGCGCGCGCGCACGGCGGCGGGGGUGCGACGAUCGAGUACCGCCAGUUCGCGCUCCACCCCUGCAUCCUAG